AUGACGGUCUCCCAUGAACCAUGGUGGAAAAAUGCAACUGUCUACCAGAUCUAUCCUGCGAGUUAUAAAGACUCCAAUGGCGACGGAGUCGGCGAUAUUCCGGGAAUAAUUUCACAGUUGGACUAUAUCAAGUCUUUGGGGGUAGACGCUAUCUGGCUCUCUCCAUUCUACGACAGCCCCCAGCACGACAUGGGAUACGAUGUUGCCAACUAUGAAUCUGUCUAUGCUCCCUACGGCACAGUAGCCGAUAUUGAAGACUUCAUUUCUGAGUCCCAUAAAAGAGGCCUACGCGUUCUUUUUGAUCUUGUUAUCAAUCAUACAUCGUAUCAGCACGCUUGGUUUAAAGAGUCUCGUACCUCAAAGCAUAGUCCAAAGCGUGAUUGGUAUAUCUGGCGACCAGCAAAAAACGACAAGGAUGGGAAUCGUCAACCACCAAACAACUGGCGUAGCUGCUUCGGUGGCAGUGCAUGGGAGUGGGAUGAGGCUACAGAAGAGUACUUCCUUCAUCUGUUCUGUCCCGAGCAACCAGACCUCAAUUGGGAGAAUUCGGAGACCCGCGCUGCUAUCUACGAAUCAGCUAUGGAAUUCUGGCUCCGUAAAGGUGUGGAUGGCUUUAGAAUUGAUACUGUCAAUAUGUACAGCAAGGCGCCAGGGCUCCCUGAUGCACCUAUCACAAACAGUCAAACUCCCUGGCAAGAGGCUUCAAGUCUAUUCUGCAACGGACCCCGAAUGCACGAGUUUCUGAGGGAAAUGAACGAGAUCUUGGAAAAGUACGAUGCCAUGACUGUUGGUGAGCUUCCUAACACUAAAAGUGUCCAGGAUGUACUGCGUUAUGUCUCUGCCAAAUCGAAGGAGCUUAGUAUGGUGUUUCAGUUCGACAUUGUGGAUGUGGGUGGUGGAUCUGAUCUUCGCUACGAUACUGUGCCCUGUAACUGGAAGCUCAAUGAUCUUCGACUAGCAGUGGAGCAAACUCAGCUUGUUACGAACGGAACUGACGGAUGGGGGACUGCAUUUAUGGAGAACCAUGACCAAGCGCGAGUUAUCUCUCGCUUUGGCUGCGACGAGACGCCAGAGUUUUGGGACCGGAGUGGUAAGAUGCUUGCUAUGUUUGUGGCAGGCCUAUCUGGUACUCUCUAUCUGUAUCAGGGACAAGAAAUUGGCAUGGUGAAUGCCCCUAAGUCGUGGCAUAUCUCGGAUUACAAGGACGUUGAGAGCAUAAACUAUUACAAGCACGUCGAAAUCAUGACUGGCGGUGAUAUCGAAGCUUUGGAAAAGGCUAAAGCUGCUCUUCAACAUAUGGCUCGAGACCAUGGUCGACUUCCUAUGCAGUGGGAUAACACGCCGAAUGCAGGAUUCUCCAGAGCCGGGGUUGAGACUUGGAUGCGCGUUCAUGAUGAUUAUGAGAGCAUCAAUGUCAAGAAACAGGAAGGUGAUACCCGCUCAAUUCUGUCCUUUUGGAAGACUGUUUUGAGUCAUCGCAGGCAGAAUCCACGGGUAUUCGCCCAUGGCUUUUUCUCUCUUCUCGAAUCUGAGCACGAGUCAGUGUUAGCGUACGAAAAAACUUCAAUAGAUCAGAGACUUGUUGGCGUUUUCAACUUCACCCAGGAAAACCAAGCUAUCGACUUGGUAUCUCGCCUAGGGUUAAAAGGAUCAACUUGUCUGGCGAGUAAUUAUACCGAUGAACAUUCAGAUCUGCUUCAUCCGUUUGAGGGUCGGUUGUAUCUCAUGAACCAGCGUUAA